AUGUUUGGAGAGGGUUGGGAUUUCUUUUAUGUUCCUUCUGAAGGCCUAUCGGGAGGAAUUCUAUUGAUAUGGAAGCAAGGGAUGGCUUCAUUUAAAGUGGUGGAAGCAUCAACACAGUUUGUGGUAGGUGACCUUGAAGUUCUCAACAAAGGCACUUGGAGAAUAGCAACCAUUUAUGGGAGCAAAGAUGUUUACAGAAGAAGGUUUCUAUGGGACGGUUUGGAUCAACACAUGGUCAAAGAUGUUCCUAUGAUUAUAGGAGGAGAUUUAAAUUGUUUUUUGUCUAAGGAGGAAAAGAAAGGAGGGAGGAAGUUUUUAUUUAGUCUGGGGACUAAGGAGAUGAAGUCUUUUAUCUAUUGCAAUGAUUUACAUGAAGUUACUUGUGUUGGUCCCAAGUUCACUUGGUGUAACAACAAGAAAGGACCUGAAAGGAUCAUGGAAAAGCUGGAUAGGUGCCUCAUUAAUUAUGCUGCUUUUAACUCUCCUCAUAGAUUAAUGGAAAGGCAUUUGGCAAGGAUUGCAUCAGACCAUAAUCAGAUCUUAUUGAAUUUGCUGAAUUUCAGUUCUCCAGCCAGAAAGUUUAUUAGAUUUGAAGAGGAGAAGGAAACUGACAUUGGGGACCUUUCGAAGGAUGAGCAAUGGAAACUAAAAGCUAAAAUAGAGGAGCUCAAUUCAGUUUUAGCCCGGAUCAAUACUACUUGGAGGCAACGUGCCAAAGUUAAGUGGCUGACGGAUGGGGACUCAAACUCUAUAUUCUUCCAAGCUUUUGCUAGUGCUAGGAGGAAUUUAAACUACAUCCAUAAUAUCAAAAACGAGCAAGGAGACAUGGUUGAGGAUCAAAAAAAUAUUGAGGAAGUGCUAUUUCGGUUCUUUAACAUCAAAUGGGAAGAUAGGGAAUGUAUAUUGAAUGGAUGGCCAGUUCCUAUUAAAACCUUGGAAGAAGUUGAUAAGAAGUUUCUAAACAGAGGAUUUACAAUUGAAGAACUUGAGAAGGUCAUUAAGGGGCUUGGAGGUAACAUAGCACCGGGGCAAGAUG